AUGUCAGGUGAAUCUGUUGUGAAUCAAAAUGCGAUAAUACAAGAAUCAGAAGAAGCAUCGAUGAAUUUGUAUUCGGAGUCGAAAAUUGUUUAUCAAAUAAUGUAUCCAGUUAGUUUAUCUUCUUUUUUUGAAAUUUCCAUCGAUUAUCAUUCAGAUAACAAAUGAAGCUCAAAUAUAUACUCGUCCGGUUGUUCCAAUUCAAAUUCCGAUUCCUGAUGAUCCAAGUGCUCAAACGAUUCCUGUUUCGUGUGGAAAUGUGAUUGGAAAAAUGCAUCUUCAGCUUUUUAUUUGUCCUGGAAUUCAUCAACCUUGUAUUGAACAUGGAAGUUAGUUUUAGCCUAAUUAGGGGCAUUUUUUUAUCGAGAAAGUCGAAAUUUAGAAAAUGUUUACCUGAAAUUUGCGGAAUUUCAUGUUUUUCUCGAAAUUUUGAGCCGAAAAUCAUAAAAUUCGGUGAAUUUUGAAUUUCGAGAUUUUUUGAGAAUAUUAAUUCUGAAAAUGCCAUGUGGAUUUCAAACAUCCUGAAAUUUUGGCUGUUUCAAAACUCCAGAAAAACAUUUUGCAGAUGAAUUGCUGACUCCAAAACAAUUCACAGUUCGUGCUGACAAAGCAAAACAAAAAGAUUGGAAAGCAAGUAUUCGAAUCGGAAAAUCAUCACUUCGUGUUCAUAUGGAAGCUCAUACUAUCGAUUUUCACGACCAUGCAAAUUGUUGUAGCGGAAAAUGUCAAAGUCGAAAUUAUGUUAAUAAUAUGCAUGAAAAAGCGGAGGAAAUUGAAUUCAAAAAAGCAAAAAGAUCAGCUGAAUCUAUUCAAUUACGAAAUGAACUUCAAGUUCUCUCCGGAAACGGCGAUUCGCAAAUUUCGGAAAAUGUAAAUAUGGACGAACAAAUUGAUGUUCCAGGCGUGCCUGAUUCUUCGGCUGUUUUGCGAGAGAAAAAGAAUCGAGGGAGACCAAGAGGAAGUGUAAAUAAAUCGAGGAUCAAGUGAGAUUCAGAAAUUAAUUUGGGAUUCUAAUUGAGUUUUUCUAGGGUGGAGAAAGUAACUGAACAAAUUUUCAAUAAUCUGCCAGUCGAUGAUGUUCUUCUUGGAACAUCUUUGUCUGAAAUUCAAAAUGCACCAACACCAGCCGGUUGCACACCAUUCAGUGAUAUCAUGGAAUGCUUGAAAAAUGGUAAUCAUUAAUUUUGAAAAGCUCAUACAGCCUAUAAGUAAAUACUUACAUUUUUCAGAUCCUAAACACUUUUGGGAACAAAUGCAUUCAACUGGAGUCAUUUCACACUUUUGCGAUGAUAUUAUUGUUUCAGCUAUUAACUUGAAACAGGCUAUUUUGACCCAAUCCGAGCUUAAUACUAACAGUCAGUUUUUUUCGAAUUCAUCUUCUUCAAAUUCCAACGAGAAUGAUUUUCAGCUGCGAAUUCUUUAACUCGUUCGGCGUUUUCAUUUGGAAUUCAAUCGAUGAUUGUUCAAAGAGUACAAGCGAUUGAGAAAAGUGUUGUUCAACAACAAAAACAUCGUGAAAUGCUUAUUGAUAUGAUGCAAAGUAAUCAUAACAAUAACAACACUGGUUGUUCUACAGAAUCGUCGUAUCCAACAGAUUCUCAAGAAUCUUCCUCCUGUGCACCUCCAGAAUCAACCAUGCAUAAUGAUUUAAUUGAAAACGUCAAAACUGAAAACUCCCCCUAG